AUGGUUUGCUCUAACCUCUCCACAAUGUAUAGUCGCAUUUCAAAUCCGGAAAAAGCAAAUAUUAAACAAACCGAAGCUGCCAUCUCAAUUUUUGUCCAUUAUGGUAAUGCAAUUAAAGAUAACCAAGAAAAUAGCAAAAAAGCAAUUUCAAGACCACAUGGAUCAGUAGCAGGUCACAGUCAAUUGCUUUCCAAUACAUACAGGUUUAAUUGGUCCUUAUAUAACUCCAUCAGUACCGAUUUCAGUUCAGAUUAA